AUCCACACUGUCUCCCCUGCCCCAGCCCUGAGCAGAGCCCUCUGGAAGAAGAGCCCCUGACCCCUAGAGUCAAGAGGCUGAGGCGGCCCCUUCCUGCUAGAUCCUUGGGGGGUGUUCGAAACUUGUUUUAAAGCACCAGGACUACCCAGGCCUGCUCUUGUGGGAGGAGGGGAGGAUGCUGGGAAUUGAGCUGCGCCACCUCUUCUGGACAUGCCUUUGCAGCCUGGUGCCCCUGGCCCAUCUGUGGCUGGUCCAUGAAGUGCCAGCUAGAGGCCGUGAUUUCCUCCCCAGAGAACUGGCCACUGUAGAAAGACUAACAUGUCUCCUGGCUGGCUGUCCAGGUGACUCCACCCCCAACCCCCAAAAUGUUUCUGUCUCUAAUCCUAGCCCAGGCAGGAAUGUGGCUGCCCCGGCCUGUGGCCAAGGAGCUAUUUUUGGGGUCUCUCUCACUUGGGGAGGGCCUGGCUCCACCACUUGCCUCCCCCAGGCUUGGGCCAGCAGGUCACUCCUGGCCCUGGUGGCUGGAUACGUUCCCUCCUGAUCUCCCUUCCACCUCCUGCCAAAAAAGGGGGGGUGUGUAAUACAGCAGGCACAGGGACUAAAUUUAACUGUCCCAAAGUCGGAAUCCAUUGCUGAGUCACGAAGAAGCUGCCCCUGGCCUCUGCCCCCCUCCCCUGUGGGCCCAGGCAUCAGCCCCUUUCCCCACCCCUCCCAGCUCUGAGCCUAGACUGGCCCUUCUGGGCACUGACACCUCACACCUGUAACUCCCUGUGCUGAGUGGGUAGGGGCUUUUCGGGGGCAUCUCUGGAGUACUACUCUGUCCCUUGACAUUGGGCUUUGAGUUUUGAGGGGCCCCGAGAGAAGGGAGUUGGGGUGUUGGCUCAGGAGGGGUUAAGGCUGGGAGGCGGGAGGGGGGCUGGGCCAAGGGGUGGGGAAAGAGGAGGAGGCCUGAGCCAUAGAACUGGCCAGAGGGACCCAAGGGAUAGUCGGAGACAGACAGACAUGCAGUCAGGGUUCUGGGGCCUGGACAGGGGCAGCCAGGCCCCGUGACAGGAAGACCCCGAGCUCCGGCCCGGGGAGGGGCCAUGGUGCUGCCUGCCCACCAUGUCAGCCGAGGUACGGCUGAGGCAGCUCCAACAGCUGGUGCUGGACCCCAGCUUCCUGGGGCUGGAGCCCCUGCUCGACCUUCUCCUGGGCGUCCACCAGGAGCUGGGCGCCUCCCACCUAGCCCAGGACAAGUAUGUGGCCGACUUCUUGCAGUGGGUGGAGCCCAUUGCAGCAAGGCUUAAGGAGGUCCGACUGCAGAGGGAUGACUUUGAGAUUCUGAAGGUGAUCGGGCGCGGGGCAUUCAGUGAGGUAGCGGUGGUGAAGAUGAAACAGACGGGCCAGGUGUAUGCCAUGAAGAUUAUGAAUAAGUGGGACAUGCUGAAGAGAGGCGAGGUGUCAUGCUUCCGGGAAGAAAGGGACGUGUUGGUGAAGGGGGACCGGCGCUGGAUCACGCAGCUGCACUUCGCCUUCCAGGAUGAGAACUACCUGUACCUGGUCAUGGAAUACUACGUGGGCGGGGACCUGCUAACGCUGCUGAGCAAGUUUGGGGAGCGGAUCCCUGUCGAGAUGGCGCGCUUCUACCUGGCCGAGAUUGUCAUGGCCAUAGACUCGGUGCACCGGCUGGGCUACGUGCACAGGGACAUCAAACCAGAUAACAUUCUGCUGGACCGGUGUGGGCACAUCCGUCUGGCCGACUUUGGCUCCUGCCUCAAACUGCAGCCUGACGGAACGGUGAGGUCACUGGUGGCCGUGGGCACCCCGGACUACCUGUCUCCUGAGAUUCUGCAGGCUGUGGGCGGAGGGCCUGGGGCAGGCAGCUAUGGACCCGAGUGUGACUGGUGGGCGCUGGGCGUGUUCGCCUACGAAAUGUUCUACGGGCAGACACCCUUCUACGCUGACUCCACAGCCGAGACAUAUGCCAAGAUCGUGCAUUACAAGGAACACUUGUCUCUGCCUCUGGCAGACACGGGUGUCCCCGAGGAAGUUCAAGAUCUCAUUCGGGGGUUGCUAUGCCCUGCUGAGAUAAGGCUAGGCCGAGGUGGGGCAGGUGAUUUCCAGAAGCAUCCUUUCUUCUGUGGCCUUGAUUGGGAGGGUCUCCGAGACAGUGUACCCCCCUUUACACCAGACUUCGAGGGUGCCACGGAUACCUGCAACUUUGAUGUGGUGGAGGACCGGCUCACUGCCAUGGUGAGCGGGGGCGGGGAGACCCUGUCGGACAUACAGGAAGACAUGCCACUUGGGGUCCACCUGCCUUUCGUGGGUUACUCCUACUCUUGCAUGGCCCUCAGAGACAGUGAGGUCCUGGACCCCACCCCUAUGGAAUUGGAGGCCCUGCAGUUGCCUGAGGCAGACUUGCAAGUGCUCAACUUGGAGCCCCCAGUGCCCCCACCGGAUCAAGUGGCCGAAGGGCCCGACCCAGCGGCUGUCCCCGCCGCCGCCGCAGCAGCAGCAGCAAAGGCGGAGACCGUGGUGACGCUGCGGGAACUCCAGGAAGCCCUGGAGGAGGAGGUUCUCACCCGGCAAAGCCUGAGCCGCGAGCUGGAGGCUAUCCGCACUGCCAACCAGAACUUCUCCAGCCAACUGCAGGAAGCCGAGGUCCGGAACCGAGACCUGGAGGCUCACGUUCGGCAGCUACAGGAGCGGAUGGAGAUGCUGCAGGCCCCGGGAGCCGCAGCUGUCAUGGGGGUCCCCAGUCCCUGGGCCACGGAUCCACCUUCCCAUCUAGAUGGCCCCCCGGCCGUGGCUCUGGGCCAAUGCCCGCUGGUGGGGCCAGGCCCCAUGCACCGCCGUCACCUGCUGCUCCCUGCCAGGGUCCCUAGGCCUGGCCUAUCCGAGGCGCGUUGCCUGCUCCUGUUCGCCGCUGCUCUGGCUGCUGCCGCCACACUGGGCUGCACUGGGUUGGUGGCCUAUACCCCAGUCUGGUGUUUCCCGGGAGCCACCUUCGCCCCCUGAUCCCUAGGACUCCAAGCCGUCUUUCAUCUAGGCCCCCUUAGAAAGCCGUGUGACCUAGGACGGCCCAGAAUGUCUCUGUGCCAUCCCUGCUUCUCACCCAGCCCCCCACCCCCCCAUUCCUCACUUCUGCGAGCCCGGUUCCCACCCGGCUCCACGCCUGUGAUCCAGGCCCGCCCCCCGGCGGCCGGGGAGGGAGGAGCAGGACCCGUUCGCAGGAACCCGGUUUCUGCAGGGCUGGCGGCUUGAACGCUGCCGCUGCUGCCGGGGCAUUCGCCGACCACCCUUUACUCAGCCCCGACGUGGAUGGGCAAACUGCUCAGCCCAUCCGAUUUCACUUCUCACGCCUCCAGAUAUCGGUCACAAACCAUAAGUCCUUGUGCAUGAGCCCCUGAUCUCUAGGGGACGUCCCGUUCUCACAGCAGACGAUCAGCAGGACCUCUACCAGCUCUCGUGAAAGCCUUUGGCUUCGGACAGCUCCGCUCCUGGGGGUUGCUGCGACCCCUUCCUCACAUACAGCCACGGCUGCAAUGCCCCCCCCGCCCCGCCCCAAGGCAGUUUGGGUAUUUAUUGACCUUGUCCUCUGACUCACUGACAGACUCCGGGACCCACGUUUUGGAUGCAUUGAGACUCGACAUUCCUCGGUAUUUAUUGUCUGUCCCCACCGACAACCCACCCCGGACCCUUGCGAAUAAAAUACUUUCUGGUCUGCUCUAA